AUAGGCGUAGUCGUGAAGUAGUGUCAACUGUCAAUAAAUACUUACGAUCGGAUUACGUCAUGAUAUAUAGUUACUACUACAUACUGUAUAAAUAAAAUAUAAUAUUUUUCUGAAUUUACUAAUAACUGAAGUAUGGAAACAUAAAUACAUAUUUAAAUUAAAAGAUAUUAAUUAGUUUUGUCAGUAAUCGUAAUAACAUGUGGCGACUAAAUUUCACCAUAUUUCGCAAAGGUAUAUUUACAAGUGGCAUAGAAAAUGCAAAACUUAAGAAGUUUUCUUAUUCAACUAAGCCACGCUUUUCCAAAUCGGCCACUAAAAUAACCCUUGUUAGCGCUAGUGUAGGUGUUCUUAUAGGUGUAGGCUAUGGGGGCUAUACUCAUUACAAAGUAAAUGUUAGAAAAUCGUCAGUAGCAGGAAAUUCAGACGAAUAUGCGUUUUUUGCAGAACAACCUCAAUAUAAAGCACACUAUAAGGUCAUAAAUGAUACAGAUACUAGAAAUCUGCAGUUAAUUCUCUUUCAAUACAGGACAUGUCCAUUUUGUUGUAAAGUCCGUACCUAUCUGGAUGCUAAAGGUAUAAACUAUGAAGUAGUUGAGGUUGAUGCUGUUUUGAGGCAGGCAAUUAAAUGGUCUGGCUAUAAAAAAGUACCAAUAGUAUUGGCAAAAGUGGAAGGUGGCUAUCAGCAACUGCUAGACAGUACAGCUAUAAUAUCCAUACUUGAAACAUACCUAAGAGAUAAAUCUCUCCAGCUAAGGGAAAUUAUCAAGUACUAUCCCAUAACUCGGUACCAAAAUGACACUGGAAAUGAAGUAACUGAUAUAACAAAUAAAUAUUUUAUAAUGCAUAAUGCACAUAGUAUAAGUUCAAAGGAGAAAGAGGAUGAACAAGAAGAACGACGCUGGCGCCAAUGGGCAGACAGAGUUCUAGUACACACACUAUCACCAAACGUGUACCGCACAACUAGUGAGGCCUUGGAUACUUUCAAAUGGUUUGAGAAGGUGGGAGGUUGGCGAGAGUCUUUUCCAAGCUGGGAAUGUGCACUUAUGGUGUAUGGUGGAGCAGCUGCUAUGUGGAUCAUUUCAAAAAGGCUCAAAAAGAGGCAUCACAUCAAAGAUGAUGAACGUGAAUCACUCUAUGAUGCAGCAAAGGAAUGGAUGAAAGCUGUUGAUUCUAAAGGAACCACAUUCCUGGGCGGGGAUCACCCAAAUUUAGCUGAUAUAAGUGUUUUUGGUAUAUUAUGUAGUAUUGAAGGUUGUCAGGCUUUCCAAGAUUUACGAAAGAAUACUAAUAUUGGCAGGUGGUUUGAUUCCAUGAAGUACUCCUUAGAACGUACCAAAGGCACCAAUACAGCUUUAGUCGAUCAUGCGUAGGUUUUUUAAAUAAUAAAUGGAUUUAAUUUACAACAGUCAUUCUAUAAUUUAGAGUUUUAUGUUUUCAUUGCUUUCAGGCUUUUAACAGCACAAAUGUCUUAAUAAGUUGAGCUUUAUUGUUUUUUUUUUACAAUCUUCCACACAGAUGGGGACUUUGUUUCACUUUCUUGUUGAAAUUCCGUGAAUUUAAUUUUUAUUUUUUAUAAUUAUAAUUAUCUGGUAAUCAUGUAUAACUUACACUUAAAUACUUAUGGUUCAAUUUUACGUACUUAACUAUAUUAUAUAUACCUAUAUUGUGAUUUUUGACAUAAUAAUUUAAUAUAUCAUGUUGAGCAUACGAAGCAGCCUCAAGUACAACAGUAUUUUAUUAUAAGCAAGUAGGUAUUGUAAAAAUUAAUUUAAAUGAAUUCAAUAAAAGUGCCUUGGAGACGUUGCACUAAGAAUUUCUUAUUUUUUGUCUUAUUACAAGUGAGCUUUUAAUUGCAUUUUUUUAUACUAUAAAGUUCUUGGAAUGGUCAGCUGCUUAUGCCAAUAUUAGGUUUAAAAGCUGUUUUGGUGUUUAGCAUUGAGCAUGAAGCCCUAAUAUUGUGAUCUCUUAAAUAGACCAAUAUUAAUACAUUUUUGCCAGAUUUGUUCAACUUAUAAGUAAUGCGUUAUUUAGUUGUAGUUCUAUAGAUUUAUAAUAAAGAUAUUAAUGAGUUAA